CAAGUUGGACGGUUGGACAGCAUUUUUUCCAAAGCAAGUCGUUGUUUGCCACUGGCAUUUAGUUCUUUAUUUAAAACGUUCUGGGUGACCCUUCACAUUAUCUGCCAACGGUAACCGGAGCGCCAUGAUGUCGGCGACGCUGCUGCUCAGGCUGCGGGUCAGCGAGCGACUGGAGGCGGCUGUAGAGGAGAUCUUCGGACUGGUGGAGAAGACGGUUUCGGAGUGUCAGGAGGAAGCUGUUCGCAGCAAGAGAGAAACCCUCCAGCUGAGAAAGCAGAUCGAGCAGCUGACCGUCCUGAAACCGACGGUUGUAUUAUACUGUGCAGAUGCCCAGCCGGUCCCUGCGCUUCCUGUUCUGGAGGAAAUGGAGAUCCAAGAGCAGUUAGAACAGAAGGAAGCGUAUGAGUGUUUCAGCCCAGACACGGAGGCUGAUUCUUCAAACAUUGGUGAAUCAGAACCUGUCCCUAGUGAGCUGCUCACAUGCUCCACAGCUGAAACUUUGAGUGUAAACCAAAGCAUGAAAGAAGAGGGGAACAAAAGAGAUGGAUCACCGUUGCCUUCACAGAGUCAUAGCGCUGAGGUCUUUAAGGAACUGCAUCCGCCUCCGAGAGACCAAACGUAUUGUCGUCUUUGUGGUGAACGUUUCACGAGGGAUGUUCAUCUUAGAAAGCAUGUAGAAGAGAGCCACAAAGGGAACAAGGCCUUUAAAUGCCUGGAGUGCAACAAGGAGUUUGAUCAAAGGCACCACCUUAUUAUGCAUAUAAGAAUUCACACAGGGGAAAAACCAUUUGCUUGUGAUUACUGUGACAAAUCCUUUGUUCAAAACUCUACUCGUGUUGUUCACAUGAGGUUGCAUACUGGGGAAAAACCGUAUUACUGUAACAAUUGUGAGAAAAGUUAUCACACAAGUAAUCAUUUCAAACUUUGCGAAAUGAGGAAAAAACGCAAAAUGGCAAAAGAAAAGAGGAAUGUAGGUAAGGUUAACAAAAAUAAGGAGUUUAAAUGCCUUGAAUGCAACAAGGAGUUCAAUCUGAAGCACCAGCUGGUUAUGCAUACAAAAGUUCACUCUGAUGAAAAACCCUUCAGUUGUAACGUGUGUGACAGAACUUUCAGAUACAAGUUCAAUUGCCUUUCUCACAUGAGACGGCAUACUGAAAAAAAAACAUUUAUUUGUGACAAAUGUGGCAAGAACUUUGUGUGUAGCAAACAUCUUGCAUUGUGCACAGGGACAGAAAAGAAAAGCACAGAUAGGUCCAUUCGGUGUCCAACAUGUGGCAGAACUUUUUACACAGAUGCAGACCUGAAGGUGCAUGUGCAGGUUCACGAGUCAUGGAAACUACACAUCACUGAGAAACAGCAAGGACAGAACUUAGAAGAAAAAUCUUAAAACUGUGUGAGAAUGUGUCUGUGUGAAAGUACUAGGAUCGGCCUGGGUUAUCUUUGAACUCUCACUUAAAGGUAGGGUAGGUAAGAAUGUAGAAACCAGCUUGAGUGCGCUAGAAUUUGAAACUACGCAGCCGAAAAAAUAUGCCACUUCCUUACAGAGCCCCUCCUCCAACACACACGAAUGCGCACAUGACCAAUGAGGCCACGAGAUAAGUUUGUGAACAGAUGGAAGGCUGACAGGCAGGUAGGCCAUCCAGUUACUUUAGCCGGGCCGGCUCAGAUGAUUGGUCGUGCUUUUUACAGCGCCACGGCUUCCACAGAGGACAUUUUUUUUACUGUAUUUAUUGUCAAAGCAUUUAAUGUAUUCAUUGCUAUCGGGAUGUUAAGAGCAUUCCAUGGAAUAUAACAAAAAGUGUUUCUGAAGUUAAUUACCUACCCCACCUUUAAGGACUGUAUUUGCUGAAAGGUGAACCAGUGUAUGGUAUCUAGCAAAUCAAUUUUUUCCAGAUUGGUUGAAAGCUUAAUAAUUUUGAUUUAAAUGUGAUAUAUUUUGUUAUUCUUUAUACUUUAGGUUUAGACCUGGUAGGUACUUCAGUAUCAUUUAGUUCCUUGUUCAAAUAACACAUUCAUAACAUCCUCAGUAACUCUGGGGUUGGGAACUCUGGGGUCACUGGUUCAAGUUCCCAAAUGGAAAAAAGUAUGGAUUGGACUCUGAGGUGCUAGUUGACCAGUUUACCUCCUGUUUACUGCCGAGGUGCCGUUGACCAAGGCACCAGGCUCCUAACACUAGGAUUGGUUAAAUGCAUGCAGACACUAAAUUUAACAGUGCAUGUCAUUUGUAUAAUAAAAGUUCCAAAUUGUUUCAUGCCAAUACUUCCUGUUUCUUGAUUUAUUUUUUCCAUUGUCUUGAUUGUUUCCACAUUUACAGGCACAAAGACGUAAACUGACAUGACAGCACUUAAUACAAAGGAGUCCAAAACUUAAAAAAUGUAUAUAUAAUAAAAAAGGUUACUCUUC